AAGUAAACAGACUCAACAUACAGUUCAAAAUGAAGUCACGAUUUAGUACUAUCGACAUAGCUGUCGGUAUUAAAGAAUUACAAAGAUUCUAUGGAAUGCGAGUGGUAAAUGUGUAUGAUGUUGACAACAAAACCUACCUCAUCAAAUUAGGACGGCCAGAGGAAAAGGCUGUUAUACUUAUAGAGUCUGGCAUCAGAAUUCACUGUACAGAAUUUGAUUGGCCGAAGAAUAUGGCUCCUUCAGGUUUCUCAAUGAAGCUAAGGAAGCAUAUCAAAGGUCGACGUUUGGAGUCUGUCACACAGCUUGGUGUCGACAGAAUAGUUGAUCUUCAGUUUGGGUCAAGUGAUGCUGCGUACCAUGUCAUCCUGGAACUAUAUGAUAGAGGAAAUGUUGUGCUGACUGAUUAUGACUAUACAAUCCUGAACAUUUUGCGACCUCGUACUGACCAGAGCCAGGAUGUGAGAUUUGCAGUAAGAGAGAAGUACCCCAUUGUGUCCACCAAAACACAUGAGGUUCCUACAGAUGAAAAGUUAAUGGAACUACUUACUGCAGCAAAGGAGGGCGAUUCCUUGAAGAAGGUUCUAGUGUCAAAUCUAGACUAUGGUCCUGCCAUUGUUGAACACAGUUUGUUGGUGGCAGGUAUUCCUGAGUAUGCAAAGAUUGGCAAGCACUUCAGUGUUAAUGAUGACAUGGGACAGUUGCACAUUGCUGUUGAGGAAGCUGAGAUGCUGUUUGAUUUUUUACAGAGUGAACCAUGCAAGGGUGUGAUUGUGCAGAAGAAAGAGAAGAGGGUUACAGUGAAGGAAGGGGACAAUCAAGAUCUACUCACGUAUGAAGAAUUCCACCCAAUGCUGUUCAAGCAGUACGAACAUAAACCAGUUUGUGAAUUGGCAAAUUUCAACAAGGCAGUAGAUGAAUUCUUCUCAAAGUUAGAGAGUCAGAAACUGGAUAUGAAAAGUUUGCAACAGGAAAAAGCAGCUUUGAAGAAGCUUGAUAAUGUUAAGAAGGAUCAUGAAAAGAGAAUUGAUAACCUUCAGAGAGAACAGGAAACUGACAUCAGUAAGGGCCAGCUCAUCGAAAUGAACCUAGAGCUGGUUGACAAAGCCAUCACCAUUGUAAGGAGUGCAAUCGCCAAUCAGAUAGAUUGGGCAGAGAUCAAUAACCUGGUUAAAGAGGCACAGUCGAAAGGGGAUCCGGUUGCCAGGACGAUCAAAACUCUGAAACUUGACACCAACCACAUGACAAUGUUGUUGAGUGACCCUUAUGCAGACAGUGAUGAAGAAGACAGUGAUUGUCUCAGACCCCAGAAGAUUGACAUUGACCUCUCUGUCAGUGCUUACGCCAACUCGCGCAAGUUUUUUGUCAAGAAAAAACAGGCAGCUAAAAAGGAACAGAAAACCAUUGAUGCCUCAGCAAAGGCUCUAAAAUCUGCAGAGAAAAAGACGAAAGAGACCCUGAAAGAAGUAGCAACAGCAGCCUCCAUCAACAAGACAAGGAAAACCUACUGGUUUGAGAAGUUCCUGUGGUUCAUCACUUCUGAAAACUUCUUGGUGAUAGGAGGACGAGACCAACAACAGAAUGAGAUGAUCGUGAAGCGUUACCUCAAAUCAGGAGAUCUGUAUGUCCAUGCUGACCUCCAUGGAGCCAGUAGUUGUGUGAUUAAAAACUCCACAGGUAAUCCUGUGCCUCCAAAAUCUCUGAACGAGGCAGGAAGUAUGGCCAUUUGUAAUAGUGCAGCAUGGGAUGCUAAAGUUGUGACUAGUGCAUGGUGGGUGUAUCAUGAUCAAGUGUCCAAAACAGCACCCUCUGGGGAGUACCUCACCACUGGAAGUUUUAUGAUCAGAGGAAAAAAGAACUAUCUGCCACCAUCGUUUCUUGUGUAUGGAUUUGGGUUUCUUUUCAAGCUUGAGGAUGACUCCAUUCUCCGCCAUAAAGGAGAGAGAAAAAUCCGAACAACAGAAGAGGAUGAAAUGUCUAUUGUAACAGAGAGUGAUGUGACCACAGACAUUGCCAGUAUGGUAGAUAUGAGUGAUGACAGCAGUGAUGAAGACGAUAAUUCACAAACUGGAGGUGAGGAGCAGCAACAGACAUUAGAGACACUACAGGAACAGGAAGAGGAAACUGAGGAACAACACAUGCCAAUAGUGGAGGUCAAAGUUGAAGAGGUGAAAGAGCAAGUGACAGAGGAGGAGAAAGAAGAGGAAUCAUCAAUAUUUCCUGACACAGAAAUAAAUUUGCAGCACAUUAAGGGAGAUAAGUAUGAAUUACAGAGAGGAAGAAGUAACACCAGUGAUAGCAUUGAGACUGUUGAAAUAUCUGUAGAGGAGGAAAAAAAGCCUGUGAAACCCACAGUUGUACGACUAUCAGCUAAGCAAAGAAGGGAUCUGAAGAAGGCAAAGAAAACUACACAACACCUCCAGCUAGACGAGGAGGAUAGUGUGUCUUGGCUCAGUCAAGGUCACAAAGAAGAUCAAGGGCAUCCGGAGGAGCAACAGAAACAACAAAUCAUUCAGGAAAGGUUGUCUCACACAAAAGAUGAACACGAGGAUUCAGAUUCAAAACCGCAGCAACAUGAAAACAAACAGAUUCGGGAACAGCAGGCACAGGCUAAACGUGGACAGAAGAGUAAACUGAAGAAGAUGAAAGGAAAGUAUGCCGAUCAGGAUGAAGAGGAGAGACAGCAAAAAAUGGAUAUGUUAGGAUCUGCUGGUUCUAAAAAAGAUGACAAAAAGAAAAAGGGGAAGAAAGGAAGAGGAGGUGAGUCAGAUCAUACACGACCACAAAGUGCCAAACAACAGUUACAGCAACAGAAGAAGAAAGGCCUGCCAAGAGGUGUGGACGUCAUUCUACAACCCACCGCAGACCUCAUCUUGACAGAUACUACUGGAAUAACAGCAGAUAGAAAAAUGGAUCAAGAGAAUGAGGAAAUGGUUGGAACUAGUCAGGAGGAUAAAACUGAUGACAAGGGAGAGGAUGAGACAACACACACUGCAGAUGAUCUACAGAUGUUGGACUCACUAACAGGAAUUCCAGUUACAGAGGAUGAACUUCUGUAUGCCAUUCCCGUGUGUGCACCGUACAACUGUCUUACCAACUACAAAUACAAAGUUAAACUUACACCAGGUUCCACAAAAAGAGGGAAAGCUGCAAAGACAGCUUUGAAUAUGUUUCUACACGACAAAGCAGCAACGAGUCGAGAGAAGGAUCUAAUGAGAAUAUUAAAGGAUGUUGACCAGAGUCGAAACAUUCCAGGAAAGGUUAAAGUAUCUGCUCCGAAUCUUCACAGAAACAAGAAGAAGUGACAAGUCAAUGGAGUUUCUCCAUACAGCUUGACAACUUUGCUUUACACACGAAAUACAUCAUUAAGAUUGGGCUGUAACAACUGUAACAUAACCAAUGGCUGUUUAAAACAUGCCUUUCUGAAAGUUAGCCUCGUUCUACUUGUAAUUUCUUUACAGGGUUAAUCUGAUUGAAUGUUCAUGAUGUUUUCAAAAUAGUGACACUUAUAUAUAGAUCACAAAGAUCUGGGAUAUUAAUGGAGUGAAGUUGAACAAAUGUAUUGCAUUGUAAAUACAUAUUAGACAUUUGUUACCAGAGACAUAUUAUGACACCACUCUGACCAGGAACAGUAAUUUUCCAUAAAUGAAGAAAGUCUAGUCAAUAGACUUUUGUCUGGUUGGGUUACAACACAUACCUGAGAAAUAGAAUAUAAACUAGUUGUAUAAUAACAACAGAGGUGAAGAGUGGUGAACACAGAGAUAUUUUACAGUGAUGGACCCGAUCUGCUGAUGGAUUGUUCACAUACUUAUCCAAGGUCAUUAGAGUGCUAAGUAUAAAUGAAAAGUGAGUUUAAUGAACAUUGAAAACUAACAGGGUUAUCAUGAUUGAAAAUCAACAAAUACUAAUUAAUAUUGUUAAUGCUAGUCAAUUAAAGAUUUAAAUUUUGAGACCAGGAAUAUUGAAGUACUGCCAUGUUUUGGCCUUAGCCAGUACACAUACUGAUUAUGACUUAAGACAAGGAUUCCAAAAUUUUGAGACCAGGAAUAUUGAAGUACUGCCAUGUUUUGCCUUUGCCUGUACAUAUACUGAUUAUGACUUACCGGUAAGACAAGGAUUCCAAAAUUUUGAGACCAGGAAUAUUGAAGUACUGCCAUGUUUUGGCCUUUGCCUGUAUAUCUACUGUUAUGACUUAAGAUGAGGUUUACCAAGGCUGUGAUAGAGUUAAAUUUGUAUCAUAAUAAAUAAAGAAACAUUGAUCCUAG